UUUACGGAAGUAGACAAAACCUGAAAAUAUGCGACGGUUAAUAACGUGCACCGCUUCUAACGCGCAGUAAAUGUGUAAUAUAAAUGUCCAAAAUGUCUUAUCCGAGAAACAGUUUACAUAUUGACAAGACAUUAUAUAAAUAUAGUUAUCUUAUAUGAGGGAACUUUAGACAGGGUGAACUACCCAAAGAGAAUAAAAGUAUUGUACUUUUAACAAGAACAUUAAAUAGAUUUUUUAUAAUGCAGCAGAACUCUGAAUCUGAUCAUUUACAAACAGACUUACAAAAGACUAGUUCAAGAUUUCAUGUUCUGGUAGGUUUGACCGGCAGUGUCGCGGCACUCAAGGCGCCUUUGUUGGUUAAACAACUUCUUGAGAUUCCUGAGGUCGAUGUGCGUGUGGUCACCACAGACCAUGCCACUCAUUUUUACGAUAUCAAUGAAGUCCCUGUCCGUGUGUACACAGAUAAGGACGAAUGGGAGAUGUGGACGAAGCGCUCUGACCCAGUUCUUCACAUUGAAUUAAGACGUUGGGCAGAUCUUUUAGUGAUUGCUCCACUGGAUGCCAACACACUUGGCAAAAUCGCUAGUGGGAUAUGUGACAACCUUCUGACGUGUGUGGUGCGGGCCUGGGACAUCAGCCGCCCUUUGCUCUUCUGUCCUGCUAUGAACACAGCCAUGUGGCAGCAUCCAAUCACUGCUCAGCAAGUGUCCACAAUUAAAGCAUUUGGCUACACUGAGAUACCAUGUAUUGCCAAAAAACUCGUCUGUGGAGAUGAAGGUAAAGGUGCCAUGGCUGAGGUCUCAACUAUUGUUGAUACUGUGAAACAAUACGUCCAGAGUCAUCCCAAAUAAACUCAGGCUAAACCUACUCUUCCAGGGUCAUCAUCUGUCAAGAGAGAGGUUAUUUAAACAAUAAAAUCCAUAUUUUAACCAAA